GGUGAUGAAUCAGAAAUGCCUACCCCAAGUCUCGAUUUGAAUACUGCAGAUCCUACAGGUAAUAUUCCUUUUGUGCCUUCUGAGUUUACUUUGGGGUUAAAAGAACAAGAGGCCAUAGAGAAUAUGUUGUCAAUAGUUGUUGAGGGAUGUUUGGUUGGGGAUUAUGAAGGCAUGUCUGAACACAAUGGGUCACAGGGGAAGGUAACAGUCUACUGGAAGAGGGUAGGGAACUGGUGUCUGUCAAAAAUUUGGCACUUAAAAGUACUACUGGGGAACCACUCGAGGGACCUGAUCCCUCCGCCCAAGAGGAGCCCUCUGCUCCUACUUGGGAUGAAACCCCAUGUUCUUAAAAAAAAAAAUCAGGUUAGUACUGAUCCCGCUCCCUCUCCUCAUUUCUAUGCUGAGCCAUUGGCCAUUGUUUCUCCCGAGAUGAGAUCUGUGUGUGAGGAAGAGGAUGAAGGUAGUGAAGAAGACUAUGUUAAUGUGGCUAUUGCAAUCUUUAUUUGUGCUAGGAGUAGCAGGGCAACUCUCAAAAUACCUACUCCUAAAAAACCUACUACUAGGCUGCAAAGGAAGGAAGCUCUUGAGUCUACUCUGAAGAAUAGUAAGAAAGAAAAGAAGAGAAGAAGGUUGAUGAAGGGCGGAAAGCUAGUUCAUGAAAAGGUAGUGCCUACAACACUUGUUAUUGAUAGCGAUGACGAAAUGGAGGAGGAAUCCAGUCCUUUAAUUCAUAAGUCUUCUAAGAAAUCUAGUGUUCCAAAGUCUGGGAAAGAGUCAUCCGAGAGAGCGAUAGAGGUUAGCAGGUGGGUGAGUCUGGAGAAAAAGUGGUUGAGGGGUCUGGUAAGAACGUAUAUGAGAAAGUGUCUGAGAAACCUGCAGAGAAAGCUAAAAGUGUAAUAAAAUCGGUGAAACGAAAGACUGGUGCCAACGAUUAACCUGGUUCCUUAAAGAAGGCCAAGGUGGGGGUGGCCAAGAAUGAAAGAAAGGAAAAUCUGAAAAAUCAGAAAUACUGUGGGGCAGAACAUUUGCCCCUGAAAUAUCCUGUUAAAACACUCUGAAAUAUCCCACCGCUCUUUUCCCAUGCUCAGUAGGAUAACUACGGGAAGUUGCAACAAAUGUUUAGAUGCAGUGACACUCUUCUUAGGCGGCGAAUUUGGUUCUCUUUCGCUACUGCUAGGACUCUUAUACCAAUUGAUAUUAGGAAGCAACAAAUUUUAAUAUUGAUGGACUCUGAACAAACAAACAAGCGUCACUACUCUGAAAAGAAAUGUGCUGAUAGGAAUGUUAGACGACGCGAACAGUAUAAACUUAAGAUGGCGAAUGAAAAGAGUGCACUAUCGUUAUAGGACAUUUACAGUGUACUCCUAAUACAAAGGACUCCUGCUAUACUUCCAAAACAGGUUAGUAUACUAAUUCUAUAUCGCAAUCUAUACAGUAUGCAACUGUUUCAUUGUCUAGCACAAAUAUUAUUUUUUUGUGUGCAUGAAUAUCUAGCAUAAAUUUAAUAUCUGUUGCGCUUACGCCUACUAUGCAGAGAGUAAGGUUAUGAUGCUUCCAUCAUUUACUGCUUUUGACAAGGAAAAUCCUCUUUGCACUUAUGAGAAAAGUAAAUUGCCUAAAGUUACCAUAAUUUUACAUUAAUAUACAAGACAUAUUAAUGUUGACUAAAAAACUACUUAUCUGGUAGGUUCAACGUCGUUUGUACCUAAUGAACAAAAUGAUACAGCUGAGAUAGUGAUAACUAAAGGUUUGUAUUUGUGUCAUCUUUAAGUAAUAUCAUUUUGUGCUCGACUAUUUCACUCCUUACAACCUCUAGAACAUGCAGGUCGCAGUUGAAAUAACAGAACUACUAUGAAUAUUGAAUUACGCUCAGACUAUGUGCCGUUAAAAAAGGUUCCAAAUUGUAAGUUUUGCUUUGCGAAAAGAUUUGAAUAUGAAUCUCCUGGAUUUUGUUGUGGCACUGGUACAGUUAAGAUAAUUUCACAUUGAAUGCCCACUAAGCUACAUGAUCUAUAUUUCGAGAAUAGUGGAAAUUCCCAACACUUUCGGACAUACAUCAGAACAUAUAAUAACCCAUUUGCAUUUACAUCACUUAGUGUAAACUAUGAUACAGACUUAGCACGAAGGAAUCAUGGUAUCUAUACUUUUACAGUUCAAGGAUGAAUGUAUGACCUAAUAGAUGAUUUGUAUCCCAGAGGGAAAAAACCGAAAUCUACAGUUGUACUUUUAUGAUAACAACAAUGAGUUAGCAAAUAGAAUGGCAUGCUCUAACAAAGUUAAUGAAUCUAUAGUGAGGGAACUGAUGGAUAUGUUGAGAGUUAACCCAUACUCCUUUUUUAUUUGAUCUUUGAUAGAUAUUCCUGAGCUACUGAACUUCCAUAUUGGACUGAAAUGUGAUCCUGGUUUAGAUCAGCGAAUAUAUAAUUUGCCAACUUCAUCAGAAAUUGCUGCAAUAUGGGUUGAGGACAAUGACAGUAGUAUAAAUCAUGCACCACAUAUUCAAAUUUAUACUCAGAGCAAUAGCACACAAAUAGUGAACUAUUAUUACGGAUGUUAUGACGCCUUGCAGUACCCUUUGUUGUUUCCAUAUGGAUAGAAUGGCUGGCAUUGUGGUAUUAAGAAAAUUCCUAAUCCCAAAAAUAUUCAUGGAAGUUAUACUCAUGAAUGUCAACAGUUGUCGAGCAUACAAAAUCUUUGCUCUCUUGAUUCAUAUCUUCAAAUUGAAGCUCGAGCUUUAGAAAAAGGAAAGAAAAAAAUAGAUGCAGUUUCUGCUCGUGAAUAUUACUGUUAUAAACUUCAAAUGAGAAAUGAUGACAAAGAUGAGUUGCUACACAAUGGUAGGCUAUUUCAGCAAUAUUCAGUUGACGAAUAUAUAAAAAUUGAAACCCAAAGAUUGGAUUUUGCUUCGUUCAAUCAAGAUUUAUUUAGAAUGGAUAUACUGCAAGGACUUCUUGAUAUUUUAAGACUUGGAGAACGAGAUUCUUCUAACAUUAAUAAGCAAAAAUUCCUUUCAGCUUCUUUUAUAGGUGGACUUAGAGAUAUGCGACAACGAUAUAUGGAUGUUAUUGCAUUAGUACAACUUUUCGGUAAACCAGAUUUGUUUAUAACUAUGACUUGUAAUCCAACUUGGCCGGAAAUAACAUUUGUGGACAACUGAUCAGGCGCAAAAUAGACCUGAUUUAAUUAGUCGAGUAUUGAGAGCUAAAGUUGAAGAACUGAAAACAGAUAUAAGCAAGAGAAAUAUCUUUGGAAAAGUUGCUGCUUAUAUGUAUACUGUUGAAUUCCAAAAAUGAGGUUUACCACAUGCUCAUUUCCUUAUAAUAUUAGCUAACGAAUAUAAGUUAUUGACAUCAGAGGCUUAUGAUGGAAUUAUUAGUGUUGAAUUACCAGAUGCUAAUUUGGAUAAAAAAUUACGUUCGAUUGUUCUCAAACAUAUGAUGCACGAUCCAUGUGGUAAUCUGAAUCCAACAAAUUCAUGUAUGAAAAAAAUGGUCUUUGUAAGUUUAAUUAUCCAAAAAAAAUUGCAUAACAGACAUCAAAAGGAAGUGAUUCUUACCGCAUCUAUAAAAGACGAAACACAUGAGAAGUUGUGAUAGUACGCAUAACUCUUGGGUUGUUCUAUACAAUUCCUUUUUAUUUGAUAAAUUCAACUGUCAUAUGAACGUUGUGGUUUGCUAUGACAUAAAGGUUGUUAAAUAUCUUUACAAAUAUAUUUGUGAAGGACAUGACAAAAUUGCAUCUUACGUACAUGAUAAUGAUACAAACAAAGAAAUAGAUGAAAUAAAUGAGUAUCAAUCUGCUAGAUGGGUAUCACCACCUGAAGCUGCAUGGCGUUUAUUUAGUUUUUCUAUUAGUGAGAUGUAUCCAAGCGUUUAUCAUCUUCAGUUGUAUAUUAAAGGGCAACGACUUGUUUCUUUUAAAGGCAAUACAGAUAUUAACAAAAUUAUUAAUAAUCCAAUGAUUAAGAAAACAACGUUUACAUAAUUUUUUUCAGAUGAACAGAACUAACAAAGAUGCCAUAAAGCUUAACUUAUUAUACAAAGAAUUUCCUGAACACUUUGUAUGGUCAACGACAGACAAAACAUGGACAUUGCGACAACAACGUUGCGUCGUUGGUCGUAUCGUAACAUGUCACUCGACUGAAGGAGAACGAUAUUAUCUCAGACUACUGUUGCUAAAUGUGAGAAGACCGAAAUCACAUGCAGAUCUUCGAACUAUAAAUGGGGAACGUUAUAAUACUUUUAGAGAAUCCGCAGAAAAAAAAGGGCAGUUACAUUGUGAUAACAGUUUAAUUGAUUGCAUGCCAGAGGCAGCAAGUUACCAAAUACCAUAUAGUUAAAGGCGUUUAUUUGCUACAUUAUUAGUGUAUUGUAAUCCAAUCAAUCCAAAAGAAAUGUGGAAACAAUUUGAAGAGUCAAUGUCAGAAGAUUACAGAGUGUUACCUAAUGUUGAAAGAAAAUAUAUCCAAUAUCAAGUUUUAAAUCAGAUCAAUGAUAUUUUACACUCUAUGGGUCAUAAUGUAAAUGAAUAUGAGCUUAUCCCAAAAACAGUUCGACCAUCUAUAUUGGAAAAAGAAGCGAAGGAGGUAUUCUUUGAAAGAACCAUUAGGGUUAGUGAAGAGGAUAAACUGUUACACAAAAAACUGAACACAAAAUAAUUGAAAGCAUACAAUGUGAUUAUUGACCGAGUAUUUUUCAAGAAACCACGAGCUUUUUUUGUUGAUGGUCCAGGAAUAACUGAAAAAACUUUCUUAUAUCGUGCUUUAUUAGCGACUGUACGUAGUAAAGGGUACAUAGCUCUAGCAACUGCUACUUCUGGCGUUGCUGCUUCAAUUCUUCCAGGCGGGCGAACUGCACAUUCGCGUUUCAAAAUAACUAUAGACAUUGAUAAAAAUUUCAGCUAUAACAUUAGCAAACAAAGCUCAACUGCAAGUCUGAUUCAUGAUGCAAAAUUAAUUGUAUGUGAUGAAGUAUCUAUGGCUAAAAAAAGAAUGCUUGAUGUUUUUGACUUGCUCUUAAAAGAUCUUAUGGAUACAAAUAUUCUAUUUGGGGGAAAAGUUGUUGUUUUUGGAGGUGACUUUAGACAAACUCUUCCAGUUGUUCGAAACGGGAAUAAAGAAUAUUUUAUUAGUGAAAGUUUACUAUAUUCUACAUUUGGGACGAACUUGAAAAAUUGCAACUAUCUGAAAAUAUGAGGGCAAAAACAUGUCCUGCAUUUUGUGAUUACUUGAUGAGAAUUGGAAAUGGACAAGAGAGGGUAAACUUUAAUAACAAAAUUGAACUUCCAGAUUCUAUGAUUAUUCCUUUUACAACUGAAGAAGAAUUUCUAAACCAUUUAUUCGCUAUGACAUUCUCAAAUGUACACACAUCCUCCUCUAAUUCUUUUCUUGCAGAUUCUCGCGUUGUUCUAACGACGAAAAAUGAUUUUGUAAAUGAAAUCAACGAUAUUCUUAUAGCAAAAUUUCCAGAAAAAGCUACUACAUUUGUUGGUGUUGACGAAACCGUUGAGCCUAAUGAUCAAAGUCAAUUUGAAGACUUAUUACACACUUUGAAUCCUGUUGGUUUACCUCCUUGCAAAUUAACUUUGAAAGAGAACUGCCCCAUUAUAUUGGUGCGCAAUUUGAAUCCGUAUGAAGGUUUAUGCAAUGGUACACGAUUGAUAUGCUGCGAUAUUAAAAGACAUGUUAUCAGUGCUAAGAUCGCGACAGACAAUUUUAAAAAUAAGCACGUAUUUAUCCCAAGAAUACCAUUAUUAUCGUCACAAAACGAAAGAUUACCAGUUCAAUUUAAAAGAACACAAUUCCCAAUAAGAUUAUGCUACGCUAUGACUAUAAAUAGGGCGCAAGGUCAUGCUCUGGAUUUCGUCGGAAUAUAUUUGCGAGAACCUGUUUUUUAACACGGUCAACUUUAUGUUGCAUUAUCAAGAGCAAAAAGUUCAAAUUGCGUCAAAGUGCUGAUCCGGCCGUCCACACGAGCCAACCGUAAUGACCAUUCUACAUAUAAUAUUGUUUAUGAUGAAAUCAUCCAAAGAGCGUCCUUGUAAGUCUUAUGCUAACCCAAAAUACAAUAAUUUUUCUGUUUUAUUUUGUCCUUUUACUCCCCUACAUUUUGUUUUAUUUUUUAUACGCUUACCAGUAUUCACAUCUAUUUUUUGUUUCUUUUUGG